AUAAGGCUAGAGAGCAGUACAGACACAUCACAGCCAGCAGGCAUACACAGUCCUAGGAGCUCAGCUGAUCUGUACUUUUGUGCCAAGGAAAGACUGACAGCAGCAGAUAUGUGUGAGCAGUACUCCAAGGAGAAAACCAUUGAAAUGAGGAGAAAACACAUAGGGCCAUCAUGCAAAGUAUUUUUUGCAAAAGAUCCUAUUAAGAUAGUACAUGCGAAGGGACAGUACAUGUAUGAUGAAAGAGGAGAAAGAUAUCUCGACUGCAUAAAUAAUGUAGCUCAUGUUGGACAUAGCCAUUCCGAUGUGACAAAGGCUGCAGUCAAGCAGAUGGAGUUACUGAACACCAACUCUAGGUUCCUGCAUGACAAUCUUGUUCAGUAUGCUGAACGCCUAACAGCCACCCUGCCUGAGCAGCUCUCUGUCUGCUAUUUUGUUAACUCAGGGUCAGAAGCAAAUGACCUUGCUCUACGCCUGGCGCGGCACUUCUCUGGCCACUCUGAUGUGAUAACCCUUGACCAUGCAUAUCAUGGCCAUGUGACUUCUUUAAUUGACAUAAGUCCAUAUAAAUUUCAACAGCUUGGAGAAGAAGCCAAAAAAGAGUAUGUUCACGUGGCUCCAUCUCCUGAUACCUAUAGGGGUAAAUAUAGGGAAGAGCAUCCUGAUCCAGGAGCAGCAUAUGCCGAGGAGGUGAAUGACAUCAUCAGAGAAGCUCAGCAGAAUAACCGACAGAUUGCUGCCUUCAUUGCUGAAUCCAUGCAGAGCUGUGGAGGCCAAAUUAUCCCACCACCUGGCUACUUCAAAAAAGUGGCAGAGUAUGUACACCAAGCAGGUGGUGUCUUUAUAGCAGAUGAGGUGCAGGUUGGAUUUGGACGAGUUGGAAAACAUUUCUGGAGUUUUCAGCUACAGGGAGAAGAUUUUGUACCAGACAUUGUCACUAUGGGAAAGCCAAUUGGCAAUGGACACCCUAUGUCUUGUGUUGUGACAACCAGAGAAAUAGCAGAAGCCUUCGGAGCCACCGGACUGGAAUAUUUUAACACGUUUGGAGGAAAUCCAGUAUCUUGUGCUAUUGGCUUAGCUGUGCUAGAUGUUAUUGCAAAGGAAAAUCUGCAAGAAAAUGCAACCAUAGUAGGAAACUAUCUGGUGGAGCUGCUGCAGGAGCAAAAAGAAAAACAUCAGCUGAUAGGAGAUAUCAGGGGUGUUGGAUUGUUUAUUGGUGUAGACUUGGUUAAAGACAGACAACUGAAGACCCCAGCUACAGCCGAAGCCCUCCAUAUUAUAUAUAAAUUAAAGGAAAAACGGAUCCUUCUCAGCGCGGAUGGCCCAUACAGGAAUGUUCUCAAGUUCAAGCCUCCCAUGUGCUUUACAAAGGAAGAUGCUAAGAUGGUGGUGGAUGCCAUUGAUGAAUUUCUGACAGCUUUUGAAAAAGCGGAGGAAAAAUCAAAAGUUGUGGCUGAACCAAAUAAAAACAAAAGAAAAGAUCCCAGCCACAUACACGACAGCGCUAACAAUUUACAUGGAAAUGCCUGUAGACCUCAAAGGAGCGGUUAUCACGCAGAGAAACAUGUAGUUACAACUAAACGAAUCAGAACCUAGAUGAGAUCCAGGCUUUGUGUUUUUUUUUUCUUGCUUCAAAACUUCAUUACAAAACCAGAGUAUGGUGGGGUCUAAACGGGGUUUACAGUGCUUUCUAUUUUAGUCUAUGUAUUCCUGCUAUUUCAAUAUAUUAUAUUGGAAUGAAAACUAUAUCCAUGUUUUAAUGGCUUAAAUAUAUCAAACACACGUUAACAUAUUUCUGUUAUAAACAAUAUAUUUUCUAAUAGCUACAGCAUCAAAUUACCUGUUUAUUCAUUCUGGUUAGUAAAACAUGAUGCCAGGCUUUACACAUUAAUUAGCUCAACUAACAUGGUGAAUGAUAUAAUCAUGUUGAGAACAUUAACUGUAUUUCAUUUGGUAAGCAUGUUGACUAUUGUUCUGUACCAUUUAGACACAAAAAAAUUACAUUACAUAUGUUAAUGCCAAUAAAGCUAUUUAAGUUAUGAAAA